CAUGAUAUCUUUCUUCGAAGCAUCAAAGUUAGAUCAAGUUCAGAUACGAAAGUAAAAGGCCCAUAUUGUGCACAAUAAUUCACGAGUUACACCCCUUCUUUUAUCUCUGUUGACUUGUGUCCAUUGUCCACUUCGAGCUUCCUGCCAGGCUACUUCCAACAUUUAUUGCUUAGCCCAGGCUACAUCGUUGUGUUGGUCUUAGGCUGCGUCAAUUCAAUAACAAGAAAAUUCAAGCUUCAGCUGUCAGUGCGGACAGGUGCAGACUCUGCUGUUCCCGAGAAGGGCACUUUGCUGUUAGAUGGUUUACCUCUUAAUCUUAGUCUUCAACUUCAGCAAGGAAGGGCAAGAUGUCUAAGACAGAUGACUUUGUUUUGGAUGAUGAAGAGGACAACUUUGACCACCUCCAAGCCCCAGAUGUUGCAGCAAUAGUGUCUUCACCAACCACUGACACUUUAGAUUCUGUGGCACUAGAGCCGUCUCCUUCAGAUGACAAUGAUAAAGAAGGUCUUGGUGGAGAUCCCCUCAGUUUGGAAGAAACCUUGGAUCUUGGUGACCCAGUAGAGUCUACGGGAAUUGAGAUUACGAUAAAGGAGACAGACCCUGCUGAGUCGGAUAAAAUAAAAGAAUCGGACCAGGGUGUGUCAGCAGGUGAUGGGGCGUCAACCAACAUCAGUAGCUAUUUUUCAAACUCUAGAGACGACAUAUUUGACUCACUAGGGGGUGGUGGCGGGGAUGACCUCCUUGGGAAUGAUAUGUUCAUGUCCAUCGCCAUUUCCAAAUCCGAGGAGGACAUCAGGGCAUCGGAAAUGAAUGCCCGUGAAAUUACAGAGUCAGAUGUGUCACAGGAUGGCUUGUCUCCUGAAGGAGAGGGAGGCAUUCCUAGGCAGCAUUCUUUCAUACGUAAGCAGGAAGAGGAGGAGAAAAAGAUGAGCGCUGUCCUGGAUGAAGAACAGCCGACCAAUCUGGAAGGAGGGCUGCCAGCUGGGGAAGAAAGUAAGCAGGAUGGAGGCAGUGAUGAUGAUGAUGUAGAAGAGGGAGAAAAUGUCAUGCACAUCCGCUACAGAGAACAUAAAACUUCCUCUUGUGAACCAGAGACCAUAGCUUUUGAGGGUGAAGGCGAUGUUGACACAUCAGAACCACCAGAACUCAAGGAAAUUACAGACUUGGCUGAUAAGGAAGACUUUGAGGACUUCACGGCUCAGAAUGAUGAGGGAAAUGCAAAACCUGGUUUCAUGUCACAGAUGUCAAGAACAUCAGAGCACUCAGAGCCCUCGACACCGGCACCUAAUUUGCCUAGCGUCCAACAGACUGCGUCUGGUGUCCUCAGUCCACCCGUCAAUUCAGUUGCCAGACUCCAGGGCCCAGUCCUGGGCUCCACACCGUCACAACUUUCCCCUAUGGGAACACCGGUCCAUCAGAGCUCAGGGACUGCGGAGGACCUGACGUCCAGUCCGUCUAUGAAGACCAUAAACCCACCUGGUCUAGAACCUCAGUCAACCAGCGGCCCGUUCCAUCAGCCGAGUCCAGAAAUCAAAAGUGGAUCUGUCUUUGCGCAGUUUGGAUCUGGUGGAUCCACGGAUGACGCUUUCACCUCUAUACUGAGCAUGAGUGACGCCGACAGGAGGCACGACGCAUGGAUUCCCUCCGAUGCUACUUGUCAUAUACUGAAAACCAUGGCCACCGGUCAGCCAGGGUCUUUCCAACCGGCGGCAGAGCAGUUGAGUACUCCAGGUGUUCUCACGAAUGAACCACAGGGUGACCCAGUGAGGGAACUGGUCCUGCGCUAUAUGGGGGAGCAGGAGGCGAUCAAGAGAUCGGUGUUGUCAGUGGACAGUGUCACUCAGGAUGUAGAUGGGCUGAAGAAGAUGAUUGAAGCGGGAUGCUUGCGAGCAGCUAUUGACCUGACGGGUCGCCUCCUGAACCAGGUGGGUCAAGGCUACAGCAAGGCGGGUCAAGUGACCGUGCAUACGCCGCAUUCACUGCAGCUCUGGUUCUGCCGUCUGACGCUGAUGGUCAAACUGCGGAUGUACGAGCAGGCUGAGGCUGAAAUGAGAGCUUUCCAGACCUUGGACACGCCAGAUCUGUACUUCCAGUACUACGCCAACACUUAUCCAGGCAGAAGAGGUUCUAUGGUGUCCUUCUCCAUGCGUAUGUUGCACGCUGAGCUGCCGGUGCUUUGUGGGAGGAGUCAGGAGACGCUGGACAGACUUUACUACAUGCUGGCAGUCUGCAACAGGAUCAAGGCUAACUUGUCCUCCGACUUGAGUGAAGAUGGAAGUGCCACUCAUAUGACUUAUGAAGCUAGGAAAGUGUCCCUGGAACUGUGGAACAACCGAGAAGUCAGUGUCAUCUCAAAAAUUGGCUCAACCAUGCUGGCAGAGAAGGAUUAUGAAGGAGCAUUGGCGAUUUAUGAGAGCCUUCUGGAAAAGGACAAGAAUUCCCAAUUGGAGCUCAGAGCUGGCAUUGGGAGAAUACACUUGCAGAUGGGCAAUAUAGCUGAAGCAACAAGAAUGAUGAAAGAAGUGGAGAGUGACUGUCUGAAGGGAGACAGUCCUAUGUCAUGCUUCAAUCUUGUCAGCAAAGGUUUAGUGUCAAUGUGUGCCACAAACUUCCAUGAAGCCUACCAGCACUUUAAGUCAGCAGUACAGAUACAGCCCCACAAUACCUGUGCUGUGAACAACAUGGCGGUCUGCUCCCUCUACCUCGGACGGCUGAAGGACGCUCUCAACACUCUGGAGCAGCUGGUCCACAGUGACCCAGCCAACACACUGCACGAAGGGAUUCUCUUCAACCUCUGCACACUCUACGAGCUGGAAACCUCACGCGCCCUUCAUAAAAAGCAGGCAAUUCUUGACCUGGUCAGUAAACACAAGGGGGACGGCUUUCCCGUGGCUUGCCUCAAGAUGACGUGAGGAGAGGUGAUACUUGUCUGUACAUGGUAGUACCGGAGCACGGUUUCUUAAUCAUCAUCUUGUUUUGCUAGUCUCGUACUAGCAUUUCAAAAAUGCCUCUGUUUGUCUGCACACCACACCCAUGCCCUUCAAACUAGUACACUGCUGUCAAGAUCUUUCUGUAAUUUCUUAAAACUUGAUAAUGAAAUGUUAAAAUUAAAGAGAUGUACAUUACUUUUCUUUCCCUUAGAAUAACUGAACUUAGUUGCCAUAGAAAUUAGUAGGCCUGGGCAUAAUUUAUUCCCCCCAAUCCCUAGAAUAAAUAGGAAUCUAGUUAUCUUAAAACCAGAAUAGCCGAAUAGAUCAUUAACUUUCGGAAGGAGCCGCUAUCAGUGGCCUAACUCUAUUUCAAAGCCAUUCAUUUAAAUGAUUAAUCCCCAGUCAGGUUUCCGGCCUAGACCCAACCUCCAUCACAUUCUGCGUUGUGAUAUAUAAGGAUGGAGAUAGUAUUCAUUUGUAAAUCUAACCAAUUUGAUGAAAAGCCAUCGUAAUGGCCUGCAUUCUGUCCUAUCCUGUGAAACCAUUCAUGUUUGUUUUGUAGAUGUGAACAGGGAAUGAUUUUGAGGCUUUUGCCCCAGACUGGUGUGUGCUCCUUGACUGUUGUCUCAGACAUAUAUGACACCACAAUGAUAGAUUUUUUGUUUUUUAACCUUCCAUGCUCUUCAGGACAUACUUUUCUCCAUUUUUUUUUUCAUUCUUGUGUGCGCGAAGAAAUAGGGCCUCGCAAACGGCACACCUUUUAUCGUAGGUGUCAGCAACCAUGGGGAAAUGGUUUACCCUCAUGUCAAAUCGCUUGUGUUCAGACACCUUCUUCUGUGUUUGUUCCUUGACUUCAUGAGUUCCAACCAGAGAGUUUACUCUGUCCAUUUGAAAACGGAGCCUGUCAUUGGACGUCUGUACGUCAACGCCUGCGGUUUUCUGAUCUUCUUGCCGCAAAAUGUAAGCAUUCCAGAUGCUCCGCCUCAGGACUUUGAUAAAAAAGCAGAUUUGCCAUUUGUACUGUUUGUUCCACUUCACCAUCACAGUGUUUUGAUCCAGUUUAUCCGGACCGUUCAUGAAAUGGUUGUAGUCUUUUACGACUUGUUGUGGGCAUAGGUAGGAGCUGUCCCGUCUUGUCACAGCGAUUCUCUUCAUCUGCUGUGGGUUCAUGGCAGUUGGACAAAAAGUAGUUCUUUGGGGAGAUCUUCCAGACAUGAACAUGGGAUAUAUAGCAAUGCUAAACUAAACUUUCAAACUUGCCAUGGGAAAAAAUAAACAGCACAGGGUUAUAGAGAUUGGUAUGGUAAGAACAACACAGUUUGAAUUAUCAAAGUCCAUCUAUAAAUAAAAAAGUUAUGUAGGUUUUAUUGUCGGUUUCGGUUAGUAUUGUAUAUAGAAAAAUAUUUUCGAGAAAUGGACCACAAAAUCUGAAAUUUUAUAUGUCUUUUUUUCGUAACUUCUUCAUUUCUCAACCAAUCUCUUUGAAACUUGGCAUAUUUAUAGCAUUUUUGGUGUUGAUUCCAAUGAGACGAUUGCCAGUGCAAUAGGAGGUCAUUUAACAAUGUUAUUGCACAUAAUUAUGUGAUAAUUCGCAUGUUUCGACAACAUAAAAUGGACAAUCAGCCAGUUUUACACGUUGAAGGCCUAAUAUUUUCAUUUUUAUGGCAUGAAAAACACUUGACAAUAAAAAAAAAGAA